AUGGGUAAAGAAGACGAAGAAAUGAGAGGUGAAAUCGAAGAGCGCUUAAUCAACGAAGAAUACAAAAUCUGGAAGAAAAACAGUCCCUUUCUCUACGAUCUCGUCAUCACCCACGCCCUAGAAUGGCCUUCCCUCACCGUCGAAUGGCUCCCGGACCGCCAAGAGCCGCCGGGGAAAGAUUACUCCAUUCAAAAAGUCAUCUUGGGAACCCACACUUCCGAAAACGAGCCCAAUUACCUCAUGUUAGCGCAAGUGCAGCUCCCGCUCGACGAUUCCGAGAACGAUGCUCGUCAUUACGAGGAUGAUCGUCCGGAAGUUGGGGGGUUUGGGUGUGCUAAUGGGAAGGUGCAGAUUAUUCAACAGAUUAAUCAUGACGGUGAGGUGAAUAGGGCUCGGUAUAUGCCGCAGAAUAAUUUUAUUAUUGCUACUAAGACUAUUAGUGCCGAGGUUUAUGUUUUUGAUUAUAGUAAACAUCCUUCUAAGCCUCCUCUUGAUGGGUCUUGUAACCCUGAUUUGAGGUUGAGAGGCCAUAAUACUGAAGGGUAUGGGUUGUCUUGGAGUACUUUUAAACAAGGGCAUUUGCUUAGCGGCUCUGAUGAUGCUCAGAUUUGUUUGUGGGAUAUUAAUGGGACUCCCAAGAAUAAGUCUCUUGAUGCUAUGCAGAUUUUUAAGGUACAUGAAGGUGUUGUUGAAGAUGUGACUUGGCAUUUGAGGCAUGAGUAUUUAUUUGGUUCUGUUGGAGAUGAUCAGUAUAUGCUUAUAUGGGAUCUUCGAACACCGUCUGUUACCAAGCCUGUUCAGUCUUGCAUUGCUCAUUCAAGCGAGGUUAACUGUCUGGCGUUCAAUCCCUUCAAUGAAUGGGUGGUUGCUACUGGUUCUACUGAUAAAACAGUGAAAUUGUGGGAUCUGCGCAAGAUCACCAAUCCUCUUCACACCUUUGAUAGUCAUAAGGAGGAGGUUUUCCAGGUCGGCUGGAAUCCAAAGAAUGAGACUAUCUUGGCUUCUUGUUGUCUUGGUAGGAGACUCAUGGUGUGGGAUCUUAGCAGGAUUGAUGAAGAACAGUCAGCAGAAGAUGCUGAAGAUGGUCCACCAGAAUUGCUCUUUAUUCACGGUGGUCAUACGAGCAAAAUAUCCGACUUCUCUUGGAACCCAUGUGAAGAUUGGGUUGUUGCUAGUGUGGCCGAAGACAAUAUACUUCAAAUAUGGCAGAUGGCAGAGAACAUUUACCAUGACGAAGAUGAUAUGCCAGAACAGUCAGUGAAGGCCCCUUAA